AUGGCCAAAUUUUUUAUCUUAGUACUAGUCUUACUUCAAGUGAGCUCUUUUAUGGGCUUUACUAAAGGGAUUUAUACUCACAAAGAACACCAAAAACAUCACCCAGUAGCCCCAACUCCAUCCCCUAUUCAAUCACCAUCUUCUCACUCUUUUGAUUCUCUUGAUCUUGAUCAUCAUCGUAAGAAACAUCACCGACAUCAUCCAUCAUCCCCAGCUCCUUCCCCUCAUCAAUCAACAUCUACCUCAUCUAUUGAUUCUAUAGAUUUAGAUCGUCAUCCCAAGGCACAUCCUCCCCAUCAUCCAUCAGCCCCAACCCAUUCUCCUGUUCAGUCACCAUCUUCGUUCUCUAUUGAUUCCAUUGAUCUAGACCAUCAUCGCAAGAAACAUCAUCGCCAUCACCCAUCAUCCCCAACCCCUUCCCAUGUUCAACCACCAUCUUCUUUCAUUAAUGAGUCAUUUGAUGUGGAUCAUCAUCGCAAGAAACAUCAUCACCAUCACCCAUCAACCCCAACUCAUUCCCCUGUUCAAUCACCAUCUUCCUCCUCUAUAGAUUCUCUUGAUUUGGAUCAUCAUCACAAGAAACACAAGAAACAUCAUCAUCAUCAUCCCCAAUCUCCAAUCCCUUCCCCAACUCAAUCUCCAUCUACUUAA